AUGAUAGUUGUGGUUCAUGUCAUUUUGCAACUCUCCUAUUUUGUUCAUCACUUUCAUUACUUAAAAGAGUACGUACUAUAUAAUAAUUCUUCACUUCACAUAGCAGCUGGAACAGGAAAUAUUGAUGCCUUUUACGCUAUAGUUCGAGAGCAUCCAUACAUGUUGGAGCAUAUUGAUCAGAUUCCUUUCAUCGAUACUCCACUUCACAUAGCAGCAAAUGAAGGCCAAAUUAAUUUUGCAAUGGAGAUGAUGAACUUGAAGCCUUCAUCUGCUCGGAAGCUGAACCAAGACGGGUUUAGCCCCAUGCGCUUGGCGUUCAGAAAUGGGCACCCCAAGCUAAUGCUUCGAGUACUGUUGAAAAUGGAUAAAGAUCUGGUUCGCGUCACAGUGGGGAACUCUAAACUUUUAUUCCAGUUCCUUGAAGCUUGCCCUGAAUGCAUGGAAGAUGUGACGGUUCGAAACGAGACUGCAUUACAUCUUGCUUCGAAAAACGACCACAUCGGAGCUUUGAAUCUCUUGAUUGGAUGGCUUCAAAGGAACUGUCGUGGAGGAGCCUUUUAUUUGUCAGAAAAGGUUGUGAAUUGGAGAGAUGGAUAUGACAACACCGUGUUGCACAUUACAGCUAAAAAGGAACAACAUGAGGCACUGAAGCUGUUGUUAUAUACCAAUGUUGGGUUACAUGUAACAGCUAAGAACUCGGAAGGUUUGAUGGCUCGAGAAAUCAUAGAAAAUGUUGAAAGAAAAGGCUUGAACAUGAGUGGUGAAGAUGAUGACACUGCCGACAAGAUUAAGCGCAUUAAGAAAAAACUUGAUACCCUAGAACUAAUAUUAAUAGUGUUAAUUCGUGCAAGGAAUGGAUUGUCGGAGAACAUGAUCAACGCAACGCUGGUGACUGUGGCACUGGUUAUAACAGCAGUCGACCAAUCAUCUUUCAGCCCACCCAGAGGUGUUUGGCAAGUUGAUAACAACAGUAUCCCCACCACCACCUCAAACGUUACUACUACUGCUCUUCAAAUCUUUGACGACAAUUACAAUAACUCCAGAUUCAAACACCUGUUGGGUCAAGAAUCAAGGAAAACAGGUACAACAAUCAUGAAUCCCGACUUGUAUUCAAUGUUUUGGGUUUGUAAUCUCCUGACAUUUGAGCUUCCGCUCCUCUCCAAUGUUCCUUCUUUUCUUCUCAUCCCGCUUUAUUAUCUAAGCGUCUCCUACUUUUACUCGAUGACACUAAUAUCCCCGUCGUCGUUCUGGGAAAACGUCAAUUAUAUUCUCACGUGGUUAGCCAUUCUUCUCCCACUUUGCUUACUUCGCUUAAUCAUACGACCACUUAUGACACCAGCUUACAAGGAGUACAUACGCUUACGUAGAGCUGUUACUAGAGCUAUUCUUAGAGCCAACAAUAGCGGGAUCAUCAAACCCUUGCUAAGGGGUAAUCUAGUUGAUAUUAUAAUAUUAUGUCCUUAGAUUUUUUUUAAUUGAACUUCAUUUUCUUUUUGUUUAUGUAAUUGCUUGGGAUAAAUUUAAUAAAUAAAAUUACUUUGGUUAAACUA